UGCCUAGACUUCUUCUAGUAGAGAUGCGAUAUGAACUGACUUUAGUUAUAGCGAGAGAUGACAGCAACGCAACGCUUGCAAAAAGCAAGGCCUAAGAAAGCAUUAGAUAUUGUUAUAUUAUCAUUCACGUUUUUAUGGACUGGACCGCAUUUAUAUCGUGCGCUGUGGUUAAUGUUAAAAUUAUGUUAUACGAUUUAUUGUGUACAUUUGUUCGAUGAUGCUCGAGAGUGCAAUGUUGUGCCUGUCUAUUAUGGUGAAACUACUGGAAGUUAGCUUCGACUUUGUGAACAUGUAGUUUGGCGAACUGUUCUUCGUGAAGGAUUUGACGGGCUUGAAUUGAGCCUGGAGGGAUACAGCGAAAGCGUUAACCAAUUAAGUAUCUGCGUACCGGAGGCAACAUCUCGUCCUUACUUUCGCGUUUUGUGUGUGCAUUUUGGUUUGGCGUGGUUUCAUUUACGCUCGCUAGGGUUGUAGUUCAGCGGUACGCAGCAAAAUAAGUCAAUGGAAAACCCGGCGAAUCCUGCGGGCGCAGCAAGUAGCAAGGAAAAGUUGUCAGAAGCACAGAAAAAUAUUCAAAAAUUUUGGCCUAAUGUAAUGCGCGAAAUGCAGGCGAUUCGGAACGUCGAACCUGGCAAUCAGGUGCUACCGCUUGCGCGUAUCAAGAAAAUCAUGAAACUGGAUGAAGAUGUUAAGAUGAUCUCAUCAGAUGCACCGCUGUUGUUCGCGAAAGCUAUCGAAAUUUUUAUCCACGAGCUAACACUGCGAGCCUGGCUGCAUACGGAACACAAUAAACGCCGCACGCUGCAACGCAGUGACAUCGCGAUGGCAAUUAGCAAGUACGAUCAGUUUGACUUUCUCAUCGACAUCGUGCCGCGGGACGACAUUAAAGUUGGCAAGAAGGAUUUUGCCGAGAUGAAGGCAGGCGGUGUUGCCGGGGACGACAUUCAGUACUACUUUCAACUGGCUCAGCAGCACCAACAUGCCCUCCAACAGCAGCAUCCGCCAACAGCAACGGCUCUUGCGGUAGCAAUUGCAGGAGUGAAUACAGCUACAACAACAACGACCGCUACUAAAACCGUGGCACAAGUGACGAACGGUGCUAGCAUAGUGCAACUGAAGCGAACCAACCAGUCUCAAGCUCCUUCGUACCAACAAAUACCGUUAAAGUUAUCACAGGGUCUUCAAGGAAUAACGUUUGCCAACGCAAGUGUGGUCACUAGUAGCAGUAGCAGCCCGUCCAGCGUAACCGCAAAUUCGGGUACGAAUCAAGCGCUCCAACUGUUUCAGCAAGUGAUGACCGCUUCGGGUGAAAUCACGCAAAUACCGGUAAUGUGCACAUCCAGAUUGGGAACACAAACAAACAUUUCGAUACCUCAAAACCAACUGAGUUUCAUUCGGGCUGCUGGUGUAUCUGCAACAGCUACCACCACUGGAACUGGUCAGCCAAUAUUUCUACAAACCACAUCAUCGAUGCAAGCGGGUCCUGCAGUUAUACAUACGGCACCGACUGGCGUGUUUCUAAGUACGAGUCAGUUUCAGCAGUUGCAACAGCAGCAAACGCAGCAACAGCAAUCUCAGCAACACCGAUCACAUCAUCAACAGCAGCAGGAAAAUCAUCAGCAGCAACAGGACUAACGUAUCUUUUGUCAUGGAUUUUGAAGUGUGCGCUAACAUUGUGGAGCGAUAUCUUAACACUACAUGUACAAGGGUGGCCUGAAAUGUUUCCGACCUCAACAUGAAGAUAGUUGCUCGUCCAUAGAUCGUCCGUCUACGCUGCACCGAUUAGUUUCGGUAGUCGUCGGUAUUAAUAAGUAGUCGGUUUCUAAGCCAAAAUCGGUUUGUCAAUCUUCUGACAUUUGUGAUUUAUAUUCGGCAAUUACAACCGCUGGACGGUCUUGGUCUGGAACAGAUGAGCACCAGAGAUAAAGAUCAAGCAAGCAACAGAGAUUGCAGACCAUCCACAUAUUUUCAGACCAGAUUUAUUUUCUUAGGAUCGUUUGCUAGGUCGAUUUCAGACAAUUUAAUAUGGACAACUAUUAGCUAUUAGCCAACCCCGAAAAUUUCGUUUCACUUAAAGUUGAUUUUAGAAGCAACUGUUGGGUUUUAAUGUACGUGUCGAGCAUAGUUGAAUCAUUUUUACGCUGUAGGUUCAGCUAACGCUAUAACGCCGAAGCAUGCGUUUUACAUGUUUGUGCAGGUAUCUUUAACAUUUAAAAAAAUAUCUUUUAUAUAUUUUUUAUUGAAUUAAUUAUGUCUAUUUCGAAGAACCAUUCUAUACACGCAUUAUACUAUAAUUACUGCAUUCUAAUCGAUUUUUUUAGAUAUUUUGCUAUUUACCUCGCUUUUGUUAUUAACAUCAACAAUAAUCAAACCGAUCUGUUUCUGCACUGUAAAUAUUAUUGCGUUAACUCGUUUUGGGUGGACAUGUGAUGGAAGGAUACAGGGCGUGCAGUAGGCCCCUCUUAUGAUGGAUAAGAGAAAAAGAAAAAGAAAGGCAAAGAGAGAGAUAGAGAGAGAAAGAAAAAAACAGAAAAAUGAAAGAAAGAAAGAAAGACACAGAGAGAUAGGUAUUCGUAUAAACCUACAUGGAAUACAUACGCGACAGUUUUUGAAAUGUAAUGUCGUCUAUGGCACUGUACAGGCGACACUUUCGUAUUUCGUAUUUUGUAGUUUGUUCGUAACUGUAUUUUUAAUACAAAUAAUUUGAAUUAAAAUAUAGUUACAAGGGAAAUAGGACAGACAAAUGAGACAUGUGUAAUAUAAUGCCCCAACAUUUGGUUUCAACAUGCGCAGAAAAUAUUUGCG